CGCUGACGGUCAUGGGAGUGUACCUGCUCAUGCCGAACAUGUCGCGCUGUCAGGGAAUGCGCUCCCAAAUCUCUGGAAAUUUAAUAUGUUAUUUUAUGUGAUGUCUGGACGGAAUAAAAGGACGCCCAAAAAAAAAUUCGGGAAAACUAGUUCGGCUCAGCUGUGAAUAAUUGAAUGCGAUGAAGAAUUUGGGCUUGAUGGCGAAGUGCACAUAAACUAUGGAUGGUUAUGAUGAUACUCUGUAUCGCCUACGGUGUGUUUAAGGCGCUGGGGCGUGGCAGCAUGCGAUCUCCCCGAGCGUGAUAGUUCCCCCUGGAGGUCACAGGAUGCCGGUGCAGGCAGCUCAAUGGACUGAGUUUCUAUCCUGCCCCAUCUGCUACAAUGAGUUUGACGCCUGCAGCCACAAGCCCAUCAGCCUGGGCUGCUCGCACACCGUCUGCAAGACCUGCCUGCACAAACUGCACCGCAAGGCCUGUCCUUUCGACCAGACGGCCAUUAGCACUGACAUUGAUGCGCUGCCUGUCAACUGUGCCCUCCUGCAGCUGGUGGGGGCGCCGGUUCCUGAGGGAGAGAUCGUAAGUGUGGGCAGUGCUGAAGACACGAGACAUUAUGAAGUGUGCAGGAUGUGUGUGGAGGAGCUGGCUCUGUAUCUCAAAGCAAUCAGCGGAGGAAAAGGUGUAGUGACCCUCAGUCAGAGCGCGCUCAGUAGACCCAUGCAGAGGAAGCUGGUGACCCUGGUGAACUGUCAGCUGGUUGAGGAGGAGGGGCGUAUGCGUGCGGUCCGGGCGUGCAGGUCUCUGGGAGAGCGCACCGUCACUGAACUGAUCCUGCAGCACCAGAACCCACAGCAGCUCUCCGCCAACCUAUGGGCCGCCGUGCGGGCACGCGGCUGCCAGUUCCUCGGACCGGCCAUGCAGGAGGAUGCUUUGAAGCUGGUGCUGCUGGCUCUGGAGGACGGCUCGGCUCUCUCGCGGAAGGUUCUGGUGCUGUUCGUGGUGCAGAAACUGGAAGCGCGGUUCCCUCAGGCGUCUAAGACCAGCAUUGGUCACGUGGUCCAGCUGCUGUACCGUGCCUCCUGCUUUAAGGUGACCAAACGUGACGAAGACUCCUCACUCAUGCAGCUCAAAGAGGAGUUUCGCACUUACGAAGCCCUGCGCCGCGAGCACGACGCUCAGAUCGUUCACAUCGCCAUGGAAGCGGGACUGCGGAUCUCACCCGAGCAGUGGUCGUCUCUGCUGUACGGGGAUCUCAUGCACAAAUCUCACAUGCAGUCCAUCAUAGACAAGCUUCAAUCUCCAGAAUCCUUUGCAAAGAGCGUCCAGGAGCUCACCAUAAUCCUGCAGAGAACAGGAGACCCAGCCAACCUCAACAGCCUCAGAGCUCCUCUCGAGCGGCUGGCCGGCAUCGACCACAACCCUGAUGCGGCCGCUCCAUCCUGGGCAGAGCUGGAGAGCGUGUUAUUGGCCGUGAAGGUUGUUGUCCACGGGCUGGUGGAAUUCAUCCAAAACUUCAGCAAGAAGAGCAAUGAAAGCCCUCAGGCUCAACCCAACAGCAAAUACAAGACGAGUAUGUGCAGGGACUUACGGCAGCAGGGCGGCUGUCCGAGAGGGGCCAGUUGCACUUUUGCCCACACGCAGGAAGAGCUUGAGAAGCACAGAAUGAGGAAUAGGAAAGUCAGUGGGGUCGUGAGGCCCUUUCUGUCAGUUCCAGCAGUUAUGCCAAAAGCCAGCACCAAAGGAGUAGUCCCAGGGUCAGAGGUGAAGGGCCAUGAGAAAGAGGACACGUCUCCCACUCAGCUCAUCCCAAGAGGAGGAGACCACCAGGAGGAACAAACACUCCUCAAUGGUGCUAACGGACUGCCUAUCAGCCUAGAACAAAAUCCCAUCAAUCACAGCCAGUCUUCUGCGAUAGCUUUGGGAAGAGAGGUAGAGGAAGGUCUCCUCAAACACGGUCCUGUCCUCACGAGAGCUCACCCUGAGAUCUACCACUCUCAGGACCAGAGAACAUAUGACCUGUCACCCUACCACCAGCCUGCCAUUCCUCCUCACAGGUCAUGCAGUGCUCGCUUCCAUCGUUCCAGCAACGUGCCUGAGUCCAUGUUACCCCCUUCAAUGGGCCCUCUGUACUCAGAUCAGCACCCCUCUAUUCCUCCUCCGGACAGAUUAGGCCCUGGCCCUUAUGGGCCCCCCUCCACCUACACCUCUAUGUCCCCCGCUCACGCGCACGGCAUGUACACCCCCGUCUACGACAGCAGGCGCGCGUGGAGGCCGGCGCUGUAUCCCAGGGAGGGGGGGAGAAGUAACUCUCUCCCUCCUGAGGUUUUCCAUUCCGCCGUCUACCAGCCCCCGCUCCGGGAGCGCUACAACUCGCUGGACAAUCCCUGCAGCACAGCGGAGCAGAGAGCGGCAAUGCACAGGGACGCAUAUGCUCGUGUUCCUCUUGGCUAUGAGGAACUCUAUCGCCAUAAACAGGAACAGUGGGUACAUCACCACGGCAACAUGAACAGGCCCUCCCAGUCCUCCCCAGUCUUCACUGUGGAUGAGUGUCCAGAGCAUCCUGAGGGUGUAGGUGGUGGGCGUAUGACUUGUAAGUGUCAUGGUGGAGAAGAGAGUCUUGCCCACUAUUCGCCCUGGUCGUGUAGCACCAUCAGCCCGUUUGAGUCAGUGCCCCACCAUUUGUCAACCCACUCCUGUUCCAAACAGCUAGACGAGGAGAGUGGUGGCAAGCGGUGGCUGCACAUGUUCGAACCCUACAGGCGACUGAAAGAAGAAGAUCCCAUAAUUCCUUUUGGAGAGGGGCCCAUCAUCUCUAAAUGGGGAGCCAUCUCCCGAGCUUCCCGCACUGGCUUUCACACCACUGACCCGGUCCAGGCCACCGCAUCGCAGGGGUGCGCCAGCACCACAUCAAUCAACUUCAGAGAUUAUGGCUGCCAUAUUGGUCACAGUGACCUCAGAUGGGGCCCUCGUGGUUCUGAUUCCUCUAGUCACUCCAGCUUUCUAGAGAGCGAUCAGCUGGCCGUGCCCGGGCUGCAUGUAAGGCGUAAUUCCUUCAGUAGCGGGUCAAAGCAGGGCAUAGAUCUGCUGGAGAAGGACGGGACGGAGAGUGAGCCUGACAGAGACAUCGAGCUGGAGCUUUCCGCGCUGGACAUGGAGGACGCUGAGACACAGGACUGCAACUCUGAGGACUCAAUUGAAACGCAAAGCCGCUCCCAGAACAUCCACCUCUCUGCAGUCUUCGGUGAUCCAGCAUCCAGUUCUCAGUUGGAAAACAACCUGCCUGACAGAAUGGACAACCACCUUAUGAAGAAGAUGGCAUUCAGAAAGACCCUCUCUCCUGGAGGCCUCAAUAUGGGGAAGAUGCAGAUGAGAACGUGCUCGCCCAGGCCCGGAGACCCCCCGCGACCCAGUCCAGGACCUGAGAUGCUGCUAAACGGGAACUGAGGCCGGCUGGACACACCAGCCCUCCUCAUGUUCUAAUUCCAUGGGGUCAUGCCAAGAAUCCACCAUCCUCCUUAGGUAGAAGGUAGAGUUGCCCUUAUAGGAGUCAAUCGAGGCAGCAAGACGCAGCCGGAAGCCUUCUGUAUUCAUGUGUUCUCUUCAUAAGAGCUAGCUAUGCCCUGUAAUUGUAAUCACUCAUCAUCCUUUCAGAGUCAGUUUGUUUUACUUAAUCACUGCUUGUGGAUGAAUGUUCACUUUGAGUCACAACUCCACCUCAGGUAACUCUUGAUGUCAGCCAAUCAGAACCCUCUCCAAGCCAGGAAACCAAUUACCCAUGUCCCGUAACUCUGUACAGAAGUGACGGUUCUCACUAGCUUUUAGCUCAUGUGGAAACCAUAAUCUACUGUAUAAAAACUAUAUAGUGGACUUUUCCAGUAUAUAUCAAGAAUAACCAAGGUGCUUGGAAUCUAUAGUACUUGCAUUAUUAAUAUUAUUGCAGUGUUAGCCACUGAAAUGUUAUGUGCAUGAAUUAUUUGUUGGGCAUCAUUGUUUGAAACAACCAUUCAUUGAUCAUUGUUUAAAUGUAUGUAUAGAUCGUGGUAUAGGUCUGAUAUCUCUAAGAGACAUUUCAUAGGCAAUCAGUCAAUAUUUUGUACUACUACUAAAAAGAACAGUUCCCCCAAAAACGAAAAUUCUUUCAUUCUGUCAUAAUUUACUCAGCUUUAUAUCGUUCCAAACCUGUAUGAUUCAAAUACUGUAUUUUUCAUAUAAUGAAAGUAAAUGGAAACAGGCUCUACAAAUU